CUUACGCCCUAGAUACUACUCUUAAUUCAUCCUUUUCCCCCUCUUCCUCCUCCUCUCAUUCUCUCAUUCUCUCAUUCUCUCAUUCUCUCCUCCUCUCAUCCUCUCAUCCUGCAUUUGGCCGGAUUCCACCAUGAUCCUCUCCCGCCUCUGGCCCGUGUGCCUCACGCUGCUGCUUGUGGUCGGGUCCAGCGCCGUGCAGGUGAACCCCUUGCCGGCUCCCCGCAAUAUCUCCUGGGCCACAUCCGGUCCCAAGAAUCUAGCAGGCGUCGUCACUCUCCGCACCUCCGACGAUACCCCCGACUUUCUCCUCGCCAAUGCGUGGGAUCGGGCCUGGAAGACCAUUGUCGCCCUGCAGUGGGUACCUGCCGCGACCGAAGCGCCCUUCCCUUCCUUCCAGCCCUUCCCCACCGCCACUCCAGGCGUCGCCAAGCGGGCCAAGCGCGCCUUGCCCUCCCUGCAGUUUGUCGAUGUGUCCGUGGCCGAUAUCACCGCCGACCUGCAGCAUGGCAUCGACGAGUCCUACACGCUCGAGGUGGCUGACGACUCCAACAUCGUUACCAUUCAGGCCCCCACCGUGUGGGGAGCGCUCCAUGCCUUCACCACCCUCCAGCAGCUGAUCAUCUCCGACGGCCAGGGGGGCCUGAUCAUCGAGCAGUCGGUCAAGAUCCAGGAUGCACCGCUGUACCCCUACCGCGGCAUCAUGAUUGACACCGGUCGGAACUUCAUCUCCGUCAACAAGAUCUACGAGCAGUUGGACGCCAUGGCCCUCUCCAAGCUGAACGUCCUGCACUGGCACAUGGACGACACCCAGUCGUGGCCAGUGCAGAUCGAUGCCUAUCCGGAGAUGGUCCGCGACGCCUUCUCCUCGCGCGAGAUCUUCUCGCACGCCGACAUGCGCAACGUCGUCGCCUAUGCCCGCGCGCGCGAUCGACAUGCCAGCCAUUCCGCCGCCGGGUGGAAGCAAGUUGAUCCCGACAUGGUGACCUGCGUGGACUCAUGGUGGUCCAACGACGACUGGGCCUUGCACACCGCCGUCGAGCCCCCUCCCGGCCAGAUGGACAUCAUCUACAACGGCACCUACGAUGUAGUCCGCAACGUCUACAACGAACUAUCCGACAUCUUCCCAGACCACUGGUUCCACGUGGGCGCGGACGAGAUCCAACCCAACUGCUUCAACUUCAGCAGCUACGUCACCAACUGGUUCGCCGAAGAUCCCUCACGCACCUACAACGACCUAGCCCAAUACUGGGUGGACCACGCCGUCCCAAUCUUCCAAAACUACAGCACCUCGCGCCGACUGAUCAUGUGGGAGGACAUCGUCCUCUCGACCGAGCACGCCCACGACGUGCCCAAGAACAUCGUCAUGCAAAACUGGAACAACGGCCUAGAAUACAUCGACAAGCUAACCGCCCAAGGCUACGACGUCAUCGUCUCCUCCUCCGACUUCAUGUACCUGGAUUGUGGCAUCGGCGGCGGCUUCGUCACCAACGACCCCCGAUACGACGUCAUGAGCAACCCCGACCCCAGCACCCCCAACUUCAACUACGGCGGCGCCGGCGGCUCAUGGUGCGCCCCCUACAAGACAUGGCAGCGCAUCUACGACUACGACUUCACCCAGAACCUAACCGACGCACAAGCCCAGCAUAUCGUGGGUGCAGCCGCGCCCUUAUGGUCCGAACAAGUCGACGACGUGACCGUCUCGAGCCACUUCUGGCCGCGCGCCGCCGCCCUCGCAGAGCUGGUCUGGUCCGGCAAUCGCGACGAGCAGGGCCACAAGCGCACCACGCUGAUGACCCAACGCAUCCUGAACUUCCGCGAGUACCUGGUCGCCAAUGGCGUCCAGGCUACCGCCCUGGUCCCUAAGUACUGUCUCCAACAUCCGCACGCCUGCGACUUUUACCGUAACCAGAGUGCCGUUCAGUAGACUUGGACAUAAAUGAGGGUGUCUGGAUUGAUGUACAUGAGAUGGAUGGGUGGAUGGAUGGGAUUGAUCUAGCGCUGGAUAGCUGUGGGACACAUACCGAUACCAAUGAAUGCACAUGAAAUGACUGACCCGAGUCGGGGUGUAUAUCCAUCCAUGCUCUGUAGAUUCUGUCUGUAGUGAUUGAUAUUCUCCGAUGGCACACAGGCUUUAGUGGGGGCGAGGGC